AUGCGUCCUUGUCUGACGCCUUUACUGGCAUCUCUUGUCCCCGGACUCGCCGCCGCCGCCGACUACCACGAGCUACUCACAUUGCGCCCAUUGCCACUCUCCCAGCUUCUUGCAAGCUUUAAUUUCAAAUCAAAUACGUCCAUAGCCGACUUUGAGGCGCACAACUUCCGAUUGUUCCCCCGGUCACUCGGCCAGAUCCUCGAGUAUGCGGGCACACGAGAGCUCCAUCUGCGGUUCACAUUGGGACGGUGGGAUGCAGAGACAUGGGGGGCACGACCUUGGGACGGCACAAAGGAGGGCGGCACUGGUGUUGAGUUGUGGGCGUGGAUGGAUGCUGAAACCGACCAACAAGCAGAUGAGAAUUGGCUGACCUUGACGAAUGCCCUUUCAGGGUUGUUUUGCGCCAGUCUCAACUUCAUUGACGGGACGAGAACUGUACGACCAGCUCUUUCAUUUCAGCCAGAGGGUCAUCAUUCGAGCGAGACGUUGGCCAAGACGCGAUUGUUACAUGGCGUUCUGCCUCAUGAGGUGGUGUGUACGGAGAACUUGACGCCUUUUCUGAAGUUGUUGCCAUGUCAUGGGAAGGCAGGCAUUGCAAGUCUAUUGGAUGGUCACAAGUUGUUCGAUUCAUCAUUUCAGAGCAUGGCAAUCGACGUGAAGCCCAUUUGUGACAAGAGCGGCGAUUGUGUGCUGCAGAUGGAGCAGACGAUUGACACGGUUAUGGACGUCAACCGAUCCAAGAGGCCAAGGGACAACCCUAUCCCAAGACCGCCUCCUACUCACGAACUAGUCUGCGACACCUCCAAGUCCUACCACGACGAUGAUCAUUGCUUCCCAGCGGACCACCUCAACGGCCAAGACUGGACGCUUUCUCAAAUCUUUGGCCGUCCCAUGAAAGGCACAUGUCCUCUUGCCGACGCGCAAGUACCUCCCGUGUGCCUCCAAGUCCCCGAUUCACGAGUCGUCUACGCUUCCGAAGGGUCCACCGAAAUCAAGGAUAAGAAUGGCACGUCCAGAUGCUACACAAUCCCACCCCAAAGCGAAUUCGCUCUUGUGCUCCCCAAAUCCGAAGCCAAGACCCCCGAGGAAGCAGCAAAGGAACUCGUCGAACCCGUACAGCCCCUCCUCUACGCAGAGCGCAGCUUCACUGGCCACGGCCAGGAACACGGCGGCGUCCAAGCCAUCCUCACCAACCCCAACACCGUAGAAGUCGAAUUCGUCUAUCUUGAAUCUCUCCCCUGGUUCAUGCGCAUCUACCUACACACUUUGUCAACCCGUAUUUCAUCUUCGGCUGCUCCGACGACCAAUUCCUCCGAACUCAUCAAGCAGAUCCAUUACCGUCCUGCGCUGGACCGCUCCCGCGGCACCCAGCUCGAGCUGCUGAUGCGCAUCCCACCGAGAUGCACUGUUUUCCUCACAUAUGACUUUGAAAAGGCCAUCUUGCGGUAUACAGAGUACCCGCCAGAUGCCAAUCGCGGCUUUGACGUCGCAGCGGCCGUGAUUCGCACUCUUGAGCCCCAAGUUAUGAAUCUCCGUACGACGAGCUUACUCCUAUACCUGCCCACGCCGGACUUUAGCAUGCCGUACAACGUGAUUAUCUUCACAUCGACGGCUAUUGCACUUGCCUUUGGCGGGCUGUAUAAUAUCCUUGUGAGGAGGUUAGUCGGUGCGGACGAGGUCGCAAGUCCCAUGGCAAAGUGGAAGAAGUUGGGGAAUCUAUUGAGCAAGUUUCAGAAGAAAGAGGUUGUCAGGCAAUAA